AUGUAUAAUUGCGAUUAUCAAUUAUGUCAAGACAUGGAUCAAAUUGGCGAACAGCCGACGGAAAAUUUGACCGGGUUUAAUUUUCUUUUGGGAUUAACUGAAAUUGUUGGACUAAUUUUGAUCAUUUUUAUGAUUGUUUGGACGAAGAAUUUCCAGGGUGGGUUCGCCUGGAGGGAGAACCCUGCUCUGGAAUUUAACUGGCAUCCUUUAUUGAUGACUAUUGGAUUGGUAUUUUUGUAUGGAAAUGGUAUGUUAAUAUACAGAUCACGCCGAACAGUCCGCAAAAGAAGACUAAAGUUAUUGCACGGUGGAAUAAUGAUUUUUUCCUUCGUUUUAACUGUAACAGCAAUGAUCGCCGCUUUUGACAGUCAUAAUUUGAAAAAUCCUCCAAUUCCUAAUAUGUAUACUUUGCACAGUUGGGUUGGACUUACCAGCGUUAUUUUAUUCGCUUGCCAAUGGCUGGCAGGAUUCAUCUCCUUCCUAUUCCCAGGAUUACACGUUUCAAUUCGCUCAGCAUACUUGCCAAUCCACGUUUACUUCGGAACCGCAGGAUUCGUCGGAGUAAUAUCUUCUUGCUUAUUAGGAUUAAACGAAAAGGCAAUUUGGGCAUUGAAGGAUAAAUAUGCGCUGUUUGUAGCAGAAGGAGUUAUAAUGAACGUUAUGGGCCUUUUAUUUGUCAUCUUCGGAGGACUUACGGUGUACUUAGUUUCUCAUGGAGGGUACAAGCGGCUUCCGAGGUCCGAAGAUGAUAUUUUGCUGACUGGUCGGCAAUAA